UUUGACUAUAGGCGACCCAGCUUUUGAAGAAAGUUGCUAUUAAAUAUUUGUCAUAUUAGUGUGAUUUCAAAGCAAUAUUACCGUAACGCGUGAUGGGUUAUUGAUUUGCCUAUUAUUGUUAUUUAAAUGUGUCAUAAGUUAACGCAAUGAGUAAUGACCCGCAAGUUGCAGAGCAAGAUUGCGCAGUUUGCUUACAAAAAUGCCAUCAUCCUACCCAGCUUCCUUGUGGGCACAUCUUUUGUUUUCUUUGUGUAAAGGGAGUUGCAAUUCAGAGUAAAAAAUGUGCUAUGUGCAGAGCAGAAAUCCCACCUGAUUAUUUGGACCACCCAGUACUCUUAGAGAAAGCUUCCCCUCAAUCUAGUUCUGAGGAAGUAAAUGAAGGCUACCAAUGGUAUUAUGAAGGAAGGAAUGGGUGGUGGAAAUAUGAUGAGAGGAGUAAUAUUGAGUUAGAAAAUGCAUAUAAUGCUGGAAGCCCCGAGUGUACAUUACUACUAGCUGGAGCUGUGUACAGAAUAAACUUUCAAAAUAUGGUACAGAUGCGACAGAAUGAUAGGACCAGGAGACGCAGAGUUCAGAGAGACACCCCUGCACUGCCAGCCAAAGGUAUUGCUGGUAUAAAGAUUGAUAAUCCCAGUAAUGAAGCUAAGAAUGAAUCUGACGCUUCAAACACUAUUGAUCUAACCAGCAAUGACAACAGUAAUGAUGCUGAACCAGUGGAGAUAGUAGAUAGUGAUGAUGGUGAAGUCAGUGAGGUCACUUCUCAAGAUAAUGAAGUCAAUGAAUUAGUUCACAGAACCAGUGCUAUCAACUUGUUGGAUCCCACCAGGCAUUCAAAUGAGGACACAUGAUUUAAGACAUGGUUAUUAACUUUUAAAGGUAUUGGUCCUAAAUAAUACAGUAGAAUCCACUUAUUAUGAUUGGUUAAAAUUAUCUCCUGCAUAAUAUGCCAGUCCCUGCAAUGCAACUUGAGCAAUCUGUAUGUACCAUUUGUAAUUUUUGUGGCCUCCCUUUAUAAGACUUUUCUUAAACAGGUUUUACUGUUAUUUUAGUAGACUGCUUAGAGCAAGAGUCUCCAAAUAUGCCAUUUUAAUAAAUUUACCUAAAACUAAAUUGCAAAACGUAAUUCAAGACCAAAGUUGCCACUGCAAUAAUUUGUUUGUAAAAUAGUAAAUUCCUUUUGAUAAAUAAUCAUGCUAAGAUAAUUUAUUUAUUAGUAAUUUUACUCCUACAAUUUAAAAAAAGUACUUAUCUUUACUUAUAGUUCGUUUUUUUUAGCAUUAGAAAUAACUCCACAGAAGGAAGCGUGCAGUUUUUAUCAGGCUCUUUAAUUGUUAAUAAUUAUUGAAUUAUCUAAUGUAGCAUGGUCAAUACAUAUAAUUUACUUCAAAUUAUUACUGCUAAAAGUGCCGGAUCUGUAACCACAAGCUUACUUCUGUGAAGUUCUUUCUAAUGCUAAAAAAACGGACUGUAAAUACAAGACGCGCUAUUAAAAAGUGGCAACAUUGUUUACUUUUUUUGGUCUUGAAUUACGUUUUGCAGUAUAGGCUUUUGUGUCUGCUGUUGCUGUCCUAGGCUAAGCUCUUGUUUGGCCACUUUCUUUCUGCAGGCUGGACUUUGUAUGUAGGCCAGUUUGAUUUGGAGACCUCUGGUUUAGAGCUAGGCAAGCAUGUCAAUAUACACAUUAUACAUUUUUGUAUAAAACACUUACAUACCUCUGAUACCUCCACAGAACAAAUACUAACAUGUAACACAGCAGAAGACUUAAGUAAAUUUCAAUUCACAUAUAACAUUGGUAUAGCAAGCUGCAAGAAGUGUUAUAAAUAAAUCUGUUUUCUUUUUAACCUGGAAAAUUUCUGUAGUCAUAAAAUUGUUAUUUUAUGUAGUUAUAAACAUACAUGGGUUACAUAAACCAACAUUGUUAUUUUUUUUAUAUUUAAGAUGUAAAAUUUAAAUAAAUAUACUUAUAUGUAGAUUUAUA